AUGGCGGGCUGCUGCGCGGCGCUGGGCGCCUUCCUGUUCGAGUACGACACGCCGCGCAUCGUGCUCAUCCGCAGCCGUAAAGUGGGGCUGAUGAACCGCGCCGUGCAGCUGCUCAUCCUGGCUUACGUCAUCGGGUGGGUGUUUGUGUGGGAGAAGGGUUACCAGGAAGUAGACUCGGUGGUCAGCUCGGUGACCACGAAGGCCAAGGGCGUGGCCGUGACCAACACCUCUGACCUUGGAUACCGGAUCUGGGAUGUGGCCGACUAUGUGAUCCCAGCUCAGGAGGAAAACUCACUCUUUAUCAUGACCAACGUGAUCGUAACCAUGAACCAGACCCAGGGCGUGUGUCCUGAGAUUCCAGAUAAGACCACGACGUGCGAGUCGGACGACAACUGCACCGCGGGCUCGACAAGCACCCACAGCAAUGGAGUGUCCACGGGAAAGUGUGUUCCGUUCAACACGUCCGUGAAGACUUGCGAAGUGGCUGCCUGGUGUCCCGUGGAGGAUGAUGGCCACGUGCCCAAGCCUGCUUUUCUGAAGGCUGCAGAGAACUUCACCCUUUUGGUCAAGAACAACAUCUGGUACCCCAAGUUUAACUUCAGCAAGAGGAACAUCCUCCCCAACAUCACCACGUCCUACCUCAAAUCCUGCACCUACGACGCACGGACAGACCCCUUCUGCCCCAUCUUCCGCCUGGGCGGAAUCGUGGCGAGCGCGGGGCAGAGCUUCCAGGACAUGGCGGUGGAGGGGGGCAUCAUGGGUAUCCAGAUCAGAUGGGACUGUAACCUGGACCGCAGUGCCGCCCUCUGCCUGCCCCGGUACUCCUUCCGCCGCCUGGACAACCGCGACGCCGACCACAACGUGUCCCCCGGCUACAAUUUCAGGUUCGCCAAGUACUACAGCAGCCCGGCCGGCGCCGAGCACCGGACCCUCAUCAAGGCCUACGGCAUCCGCUUCGACAUCAUCGUGUUCGGGAAGGCUGGCAAGUUUGACAUCAUCCCCACCAUGAUUAACGUGGGCUCCGGCUUGGCUUUGCUAGGCGUGGCGACAGUGCUGUGUGAUGUCAUAGUCCUGUACUGCAUGAAGAAGAGAUUCUAUUACCGGGAGAAGAAAUACAAGUUCGUGGAAGAUUACGAACAGGGCCUCAGCGGUGAGACAGACCCGUGA